AUGGCAACAAUUCCAUUGGUGGUCAGUGAGAAGGGAAGAGAAGAAGAGCGAGGUGGAGAUGGUAUGUCAGUGAAGGAGGUUGUUCAGAGUCUAGUGGAUGAUGCAAUGGUUGAUACUGAUCGUAUUGGAACUUCUAAUUAUUUCUGGGCUUUUCCAAGUAAAGCUUCCCAAACUAGAAAGCGAAAAAUAUUGGACCUUUCAGAGGCUUUAGAACAAAGUGAGACAAAACACAAGGUUACAAAGAAGAAAAUACAGGAAGCUGUUAAAGGAAAAGAAGAUAGUGAUGAAAGGACAGAUGUAUUGAAGGAAUUACAAGAAAAGGAAAAGCGAUUAGCAGAAGUUUCGGCGGAGUUGGAAAGGUUUCGAGAUUGUGAUCCUGAAGUGAUGGAUAAUAUGAAGAAAGAGAGUAAAACAGCGUUGGAAGCAGCCAAUCGUUGGACAGAUAAUAUAUUUUCAAUUCAGAGCUGGUGCCGGAAGAAAUUUUCCAUCGAAACGAAGAAGUUGAACAAACAGUUCGGCAUCCCUGAAGAUUUUGAUUAUAUUGAAUAGAUACUUAUUACAUAAAGUGUAAAUAAUUGUUUGUAUGAGUGUAGAGAUUCUACCAGUUUAGCAGUUCCAAGUUUAAAAUUAAUUAGCAUUUUAUGAAGGCCUGUAUAUAUUUAGAAAUGUUUUGUAUUUCAUUAGUGUUUUUUAAGAGAUGAUUAAAAUUCACUUUGUUUAAUAUAU